AGACACCGCAAAGGCAACGUUGACCAGCAAAGACUUGGGAAAGGGUGGUUGCCCUCUCCUCUCUCUUGAUUCCGUUCUUCUCUGGCUCUGUCGCUCCUGUUUCUUGGGCUUCGGCUUCUUCUGUUCGCCAGCGGAGAACAAGAGGGGAGAGGGAGGGAGUUGCGAGGGGCCCGAAUCCCCUCGCCGUCGAUUGCAAUGGAGUCGGAUAGCGUGGAAUGCGUGUCGUCGAUUGACGGAUUGGACGAGGAUGAGACAUCCCCUCUCCAUCCCGCCUCGUCGAAGCUCCACCCCGGCGCCGCUACUCCCGCUGGAAUUCCCGCUGCCACCAGCGUCCACGAGCUUCUCGAGUGCCCUGUCUGCACCAACUCCAUGUAUCCCCCAAUCCACCAGUGUCAAAAUGGGCAUACAAUCUGUUCAACAUGCAAAGCGAGGGUGCACAACCGGUGCCCUACUUGUCGGCAGGAGCUUGGAGACAUUAGGUGCUUAGCGUUGGAAAAAGUAGCCGAAUCACUUGAGCUUCCUUGCAAAUAUAAUUCACUUGGCUGCCCUGAAAUCUUCCCGUACUACAGCAAGCUGAAGCAUGAAGCCCAGUGCAGUUAUAGGCCUUACAAUUGCCCUUAUGCUGGCUCUGAAUGCUCAGUUGUGGGGGAUAUCCCUUUUCUGGUUUCACAUUUAAGAGAUGACCACAAAGUAGAUAUGCACAGUGGUUGCACAUUUAAUCAUAGAUAUGUCAAAUCCAACCCUAGAGAGGUUGAAAAUGCUACAUGGAUGCUGACUGUAUUUAACUGUUUUGGUCAUUACUUCUGCUUGCACUUCGAGGCUUUCCAGCUGGGAAUGGCUCCCGUGUACAUGGCAUUUCUGCGCUUCAUGGGAGAUGAGAAUGAAGCAAGAAACUUUAGCUACAGUGUCGAGGUUGGGGCCAAUGGAAGGAAGCUAAUAUGGGAAGGUACACCCCGAAGUAUUCGUGAUAGUCACCGGAAAGUUCGGGACAGUCAUGACGGUCUCAUCAUUCAGAGAAACAUGGCUCUCUUCUUUUCCGGUGGUGAUAGGAAAGAGCUGAAACUGAGGGUCACCGGCAGGAUAUGGAAGGAGCAACAGAACAAUGAUGCUGGAGUCUGCAUGCCAAGUCUCUGCAGCUGAGAUCCUGCUGUAUUUUGUGCUUAUUCGAUCUGCUCAAGAUGCUUUCGUAACUCAUGCUGGAAGUUUCAGCUAAAUUCUUUCCCCUAGUGAAUUUGAACUGUGUGUGUUUUUAAGAGGCAAUUGAUGUAUUUGAGAAGUCAAAUUGCCAAGCUUGUCAAAUUUUGCCAAGAAAAAUGACCCAAGUUCAAAGUAAAGUUGAAGAUUAUCUUA